ACAGUGGCAAACAUGACUAGAAAAGUUUUAGUAAAGAUUUAAAAAUCGUUUGCUCAGAUUAAGGUGCACUCAUUAGUAGCCCCUACCACAGGAAAGGAAAAAUUCUUUUCGGCAUCCUCCACAACACAGAAAUGUUUGGAAAAAUAAUUGUUAGGGCAAACUUGUGAUUACACACUAACCCGCUUGAUGCACGCCUUUUGUAGGACCCACUAACAUAUGGUACUUAAGUAAAGAAUUAUUUUUGUGUUUUCCCUUUUUUAUUCAUUCCUUUUUAACUUUCUUUGUCCGUUGUGCGAAUUAUUCCACUUUUUAAAAGAAAAGAUGAAGCGCGCUGUUCUUCUGCUUCCCUUUCUUUCCUUCUUUUUUGAGACCCUUUUCGGUCAAACUGGUGAGCAAAGUGCAAGAGGGCUGCACCCGAGCGACUGGGGUUCCCCCCCGAAGGUUUUCGUAGCCGUUAACAAACCCCGCACGGUAAAUGAAGCUUCGCGCAGAGGGGACGGUGCCGAUUUGGUGGGAGCGAAGCAGCAUGAAUACCACAAUGUUGUCGCCACGGCGGAGGAGCUACUGCGCAUUAUUGCUGAGAACAAAAAUAUGCUGCUAGGAAAGGAAAACCCCAACCAGCACGGACUCAAAGCCGAAUCCGAAAUUAUAAAUGCAAACGAUGAAAAUGUUUUAAAUUUGUUGCUAAACGGUGAAGAAAAGGAAACCAAAAGGGAAAGGAAGUAUGCACCACCAGUUAUACUAGUCCUUCCGCAGCCCCUAACCAGACAGGAAUUAUUUUACUACGAGAAAUAUAAGCAUCUGAAGGGGGACAUUAAACACACUAACAAUAAGCCUUUACUAUUGAGAGUUUCCCAUUUUGCGAAAUUGGCAGAAAUUAAAAGCAAGAAUAAGGCAGAGGCCGUUAAAGAGCUAGCCAGCGCGGAAAAAAUGGUGGAAAAGUGCACCACCAGGGUGAACGUUAUUAACGAAGCGCUGGAGGAAAUAUCGCUCGGAGCAUCCACACGGGAAGACAAAAACAUAAAGAGGCUUAAGGACGAACGAACUUUCUUAACCCAGAAGAGGCGCGUUUUGGUAUGCUAUUAA